AUGAAGCGGAAAUAUGAAGCAGAGACUUCCACGUCAAAUGGCGACUCUCAACCCUUCAAAAAAGCGCUUCUCUCUUCCACCCAUACUCCCGGGAUUCACUCCCAGUUCCACCCGACACUCUUUGAACCAAAAACAUUAACCACCUACCAAGCAGCCUACCAGGACUCACACCCUUACCGACAUGGAGUCAUACCUGCUCUCAUAUCCGAUACUCUCCUCCGCUCUGUUCGAACCGAGAUCCUCACACAUAUCUCAUUCACUCCGAAAGAGACAGACAUCUACAAGAUCCAGCAAUCUGGUGAUCUCGCCAACCUCGAUGGACUUGAUUCUGCGCAAUUGGCCGACCUGCCCAGUCUGGUAACAUUGAGGGAUGCACUCUACAGCGCCGAGUUUCGAGCUUUUUUGGAAGACGUGACAGGUGCGGGGAAGUUGAGUGGUAAGAAGACGGACAUGGCAAUCAAUAUCUACACACCAGGAAGCUAUUUGCUGUGUCACGACGAUGUUAUCGGAACUCGAAGGGUGAGCUACAUCCUAUACUUGACCGAUCCGGACGAACCAUGGCAAGCUGAAUGGGGUGGUGGGCUGAGGCUGUAUGCGACAGAGCAAAAGAGAAACAAGCGAGGGGAGGAGGUUAAGGUGCCUCUGCCGGAGCACGUCAAGGUGAUACCACCUACUUGGGGCCAGUUGAGUUUUUUCGCCGUGCAGCCUGGUGAGAGCUUUCAUGAUGUGGAGGAGGUGUAUCAUCCACCAAUUGGGAGGCCAGAGGAGGAAAAGAAGAGAGUAAGAAUGGCGAUUUCGGGCUGGUAUCACAUCCCGCAAGAGGGUGAAGAUGGAUACGAAGAAGGGCUUGAGCAAAAGUUAGCAGAAAAGAGCAGUCUAAGCCAAUUGCAAGGGGAAGAAGCGGACGAGUUUGACGAGCCACAACCCCAAUUUCUGCGCUUUGACCAGUUAGAUAAGAACCAUGCUAAGCAAGACCUUGAGCCAGACCAGGCGGAGACCGCUGAUGACGAUCUGACUCUCCUAACGGAAGCAGACCUCAACUUACUCCUCCAGUACAUCUCCCCAAGCUACCUUACCCCCGAGAUGACCGAGCAACUAGCUUCAAGCUUCGGAGAGAACUCCUUCCUCCAACUCGACCGCUUCUUGUGCGACAGGUUCGCAGGUUCGCUGCGAGAGUUCGUGUCUCAGCACGAAAUCCCUGAUUCUGACGCCAACACCAACGAGAAUAAAUGCAGUGAAUGGAGAACAGCCCGACCACCGCACAAACAUCGCUUUUCCUUUAAGCAACCGCCCCUUAAAAACCAUGGCUCGUCUUUGACGAAUGAUCCCUCACGCGAGGAUUUGCCACUAACAGAUCUAAUGACCCACCUCUUCCCCAGUAUCGCGUUCAGGAAAUGGCUCUCCAUCAUCACAGGCCUAACCAUUGACGGAGAUGCGUCCUUGGAUAUUCUGGCGCGAAGAUUUAGUAGAGGGAAAGAUUAUGCCCUAGCUAGUGCGUAUGAAGGGGAGAAUCCGAGGUUGGAGUUCAGUCUUGGCUGUACUGUGUCAGGUAGGUGGCAAACCGGUGAAGCAUAUGAUGAUGAUGGCCAUGCCAACGGCGAUGGUCCAAGCGCGCAAGCAAACGUGGUUGCUUCGUCCGCCAAUGGUAAGACCAUAAACGGAACCCAAGAUGAAAAUAGUGAUGCAGCCAAUCGUAUCGAAGUGGGUGGCGAAGAAAUAUAUAUGGCCGGCGACGAUGACGACAGCUCCUUUGUAUCCGAAAAGGAUGGCGCCAGUUCCGCCAUCAAGGACGCGUCUCGGAAAUCAGACCCGGCAAUCUACAAGCAUGACGACGAGAAUGACGCAAUCCUCUUUACCGACCCACCAGCCUGGAAUAGAUUCAGUAUUGUCUUGAGGGAUCGAGGUACAUUGAGGUUUGUCAAGUACAUUAGUGCGGCGGCUGAGGGGGAUCGUUGGGAUAUUAAAGGCGUUGUGGAGGCAGGGGAAGGUGGUUGGGAUGAGAAUGAGGAGGGAGAGGAAGGAGAAGGAGUAGAGGAGGAAGAGGGAGAAGGAGUAGAGGAGGACGAGGGAGAGGGAGAUGAGCAUUCUUAUGAAGAUGAUUACACAACUGAGUCGGACCCGGAGCAGGAUAACCAGAGAUAUAGUUUCAUUGAAGGAGGAAGCAUCUGUGCAGAUGCUAAAUGA